GGGCCCGACAUGAUGGGCCGCCCGAACCAGUUCGAGAAGACCUUCCAGGCGGACCGUGCGCCAGGAGCUCGCCGCGCAAUCGCAGACCAGACGUCGACGGCAGCGACGGCGGGCUCGACAGCACCCCCCACCAUCAACUUGGACAAGGUCUCGAUGGAGGAGGUCGGGGUGAACAUCGAGCCGCUGCGCGAGUCAUUGCAGGAUCCAAGGGUUCGCCUGGUGGAGAACCUAACGAAGCUGAAGUCGGCCCCGACGUUCGAGCUGCCCCUGGGGCUGUUGGCCCGCGUCGCCCCCGACCUCCUGGCCCAGACCUAUAGCAAGCAUGGCAACUAUGGGCAAGCCUCUCCCGACUUCAUCACGGCGACUGGUUGCGAGAUCCUGUGUUCGAGGGUCUACGCGCUGACGCGGGCGUUCAAUGAUGCGCGCGCGAUGUCCGACUGGAAGCAGCCCCGCGGCACGUCAGCCAACGCCUGGAAGUCGAAGUUGCGCUGGGACCUGGCGAACGAGCUGGACAGCGUCGAGAGAGAUCUCGCUGCGCGGCCGCAGCAGAAGGCGCCGUUCCAAAAGUACCUGCACAAGGCGGGCUCCGAGGGCGCCAAGGCCGAGCUCCCUUGGCGCUGGGCGCGGGUGCUGGCGCUCCGGUGCUCCGUCUGCUUCGACAGCGGCCUCGUGCGCGGGCAAAACCUACGCUCGGCGGUCUUGGUGGAGUCGCUCGGUACCUUGGCCCUUCGAGCUGCCGGUGCCGCGCUGACCUCGUGGCGUCUGGUUGCUUGCAUCUUUCUCUUCAGUUUCACUGCCCUGGCCAUGGCGACGUCUGGCGCAACUCCGCCACCAGAGGCUCGACCUCGCGACCGCGAUCUUCUGCCGGACAUGCCGCCGCCCCCUUGGGACGUGGCGGCCAACCGCAUGGAGUGCGCCGCCGCCCCCCACGACACCAUCAAGAAGGUGAGGUCUCCGACCAAUGGGCUCAUUCGUGUCCUGCGCUCCCUCUCGCGGGGGGCGGUGGGAUCGGUGGCCGGGUUGGGGCCUGCGGCUCCGUGGGAGCGAUCGACCUCUCUCCAGAAGAGGACGGCCUUGGAGCUUCUGGAUUCGUGGGCCUCCUGGCAGGGCCACAUCUACGACGUCGACGUGGACCUGGACGCCGCCGUCGAGCGCGUCCUCGCUGGCCGGUCCUCGCCGUGCGAGGGUGAGGGGGUCACCGAGUCCCUGGGCGUGGACUCGAAGGGUCGCCGCGCGCUGCCGAAGGGUGCGCUGUGCUCAGUCGACGUGGACGAGCUGGCGCUGCCCGCGCCUGGGGCCGCCCCUUUCAAGCUAAUCGUCAUCUGCCCUCUUGCAGUCGAGUAUUUCUCGGACAUGGAGAGCCGCAUGCAGAGGCAACCAGAUUCUGUUAUGAUGCGAGAGUUCGAGAGCCAGGUUGUCUACCGGGACCCCGCGCUGAAGUCUCGCGGGGCUCGCUUGCGCUCGGCGGGGCGACUCUGGAGAGGCGGCGUGCUGACGUUCACCAAGGAGAAGAAGGAGUCGGCGUCGCUCUUCGGGGUCAUCAAGAAGUACGUGGGGUCGGAAAUGGACGGCGAGUUGGUCGCGCAGCGGCGCGCGCGCGCGAUUUGGGGCGCGCGGCGGGCCAACCUCCGCUGGGGGCGGCCGCCCUAUGUGCCGGGGGGCCCCGCCUCAUUCACGAAUCUGGACCUCUCCAACAUCGAGGCGGAGGGGCGCGUCUACUCUGCGGUCGGCGACGUGCCCGGCAUGUUCUACAGGUUGCCGGCUGUCGACGUCGAGGCGCCCGCCGACUCGGGCCACCUGGCCCUGAAGGCGCCCGUCGCGGGGCGGUCGUGGGCGCCGCUCCUGGCGCACUCCGCCCUGCAGGCGUGCAUGGAGACGGCGCUCAACUGGCCCUACAUGGGCGACUGCGGCGUGAUGGCGAGCAGCGCGAGCGCGAAGGGUCGCGAGAAGGAGCUGGUUUCGAGCAUGGCGGCGAAGGUCCUGUCCUACCUGGAGUCCGUGGGCCUCGCGGUCCACAGGGAGGAGGAGGGCGAGUUGCUCGAGCGCGGGUCCGAGCUCGCCGCCGCUGCCUACUGCGCCCCGCCCAUGGUCGCGCACCUGGAGUCGCCCUGGGCCUGCCGGGCUUUCAUGGCCGAUUCCAGCGAGGGUGGGGGGUUGAUUCGCGCGAGGAUUUCAUGGCCGAUUCCAGCGAGGAUUUUAGGCCACGGGGUUGCCAUCGCCCAGGCCACGGUGGAGGAGAUUCGCGCGGAGUCCAGAUACUGCGAGCUGCGAGGCUGGACUAUCGCCGCCGAGGACCUCUACACCAACACCGGGGAGGGCGCCUGGCAGGAGGGCUGCGGCGGCUACGCCUACGAUGCCGACGAGUUGGCGCAGGCCGCGGCCUCAAUCGUGCGUGGCCCGAGCGUGCGCGCGCUCCGCUUCCGCCACCUCUUCGCGGGGGUUCGGCGGCCAGGGGGCCUCGAGGAGCACCUGCGGUGGCGGGCGGAGAGCGCUGGCAUCCUCAUCGAGGUCUGGCCCCUGGAUGCGGUCAUCGAUCCGAAGCGCGACUUCACCGACCCCGAGCUUCUGGGCGUCAUCGUGAAGCCUGUCGACAGGGGCUACUUCCAUGGGGCGUUGGCAUCACCCCCCUGCUCGACCUGGAGCCGCGCCCGCUUUCGAGGUCAUGGGCCCCGUCCUCUGCGCACGCGUGCGGAGCCGUGGGGGCGCGCAGACAUCGGGCUGACCUCGUGGGAGCGGCGGCUCGGGCUGGGCACUAAGUCGCUCAUGACGGCGCUGACGGUGAUCCGCGCGGUCUGCCCGUCAGAGCGCCCGUCCGACCCAGGGGGGCCGCCCUGCCCGUCGAUCUGGGACCCCGUGGAGUUGAAGGACCUCGUCAAGGACUUUGGAGGAUGGGUCAACUACCUGGACCAGUGCCGCCACGGCGCCCCCUCCAUGAAUCCGACCAUGGUCGGCAUCUUCGGCGCAUUCGACAGGAGUGGCGGGGGCGCCGCCGCUCGGCUCUGCCUCGCCUGCCACCGCGAGGAACGCCAUCGGGUUACGCUCGAAAGCCGAGAGGAGCCAGGAGGUCCGACCUUUCGCGCCGCUGCUGCGCAGACCUAUCAGCCCGAGUUUUGCGAUGCCCUCGGCGAGGUCAUCCUCGAGGCUUUCUUGCACAUGGGGGCGAAGAGGCUCGGGCCCGACGUCGAGGGCUCACUGCGGUCGCCUGCGUCGGCGACGCUGGGGCCAUCGCGACCUGGGAGAUCGAGGGGGGAGGUGCGACGAGGAGAUCGGAUCCGAGCGCCCCCGCUGCCCCACACCUGGCUUCCGCUGACGAAAUGGAGACCCCUCUACUUCGGCAAGUGGCUCGGCUCCGAGCACGCCAACAUCAACGAGACGCGUGCCAUCGUUGGCCUCUUGAGACACCUGGCCAGGUCCUCGAGAUCGCGGGGGCUUCGCGUCCUCGUCCUGACCGACAGCGCGGUGGCCUUGGGCGCGCUGGGGAAAGGCCGCUCGAGCGCCCCAGCGCUGUUGCGCCUGUGCCGCCAGGCGGCGGCCAUCACCCUAGCGUUUCGCAUCUACGGCUCCUACCGCUACGCGCCGUCCGAGGCGGACGCGGCGGACGGCUGUCCCGGGGAGGUACGGCAGUUCCCCAACUUCUGCAUCCAGCGGGGCUGGCAGCUCACAUCUGUGUCGGAGGUCAAUCGUGCGCUGGCAGACUACAUGGGCAUCCAGUGCUACGGCGAGCGCAAGAGAGCGACCCUCGGCUCGGUGGUCUUGUUCGGCAUGCUGGUGGUCUGGCCUGAGCUUCGCAACCAGUUGCCCCUCGCCCUGAGAAGCCUUAAGAGUUGGCAGAAGGUGGCUGGCACGAGCGAGGGUGGCCCACUCGCAGAGGAGGCCGUAUACGCGAUCGCCAUCUACAUGAUCGAGCAGGGGCGCUACGUGGAGGCCGCUUGGACGCUCAUGCAGCACGGCGUCCGCGGCCGAGAACAGGACAUGGAGAUGUUAAAGGAACUCAAGACGGGCACCAACCAGGGCGCCGUCAUUGGGCGGGGCGGGGUCGCCAACCUAGUCCUGGGCUUACGUGACUUCAGGACGGGCAAGGACGAGAAACUCUUCGGCAUCGACCAGAUCCGCUUCCAGAAGCUCUGGCACCAGGCCUGCCGCGCGCUGGGCAUGCCAUGGGCGCCGCGUCCACAUGGGAUCCGCCACACGGGCCCCGGCGAGGACAUUGCCCGAGGUCCCGCGUCGCUCGAGAAGGUGGUCCGUGACUCGGGCGUGCGAGCGGGGCGGGACCUGAAGGCGGAGAUCUUGCGAGCCCUGAGGAUGCGUCCCCGCCCGGGCGGCAGCCUCCCAGAGGCCCUCGAAAACGCCAUCAAGAAGAGCCUCGCCAAGGACGUCGCCGCCGAGUUGAUGAAGAUCAAGAGCUCAACGGCGCGCAGUUCCAAGAAGGCCAACCAGACCGACGAUGACGACCAAGACAGCCCUGGAGGCCUGUUCUCGGACGAGACGUUCGGGGAGGACACGGGCUGGUGGACUGAGUGA